UAAAUCAUGUGAAGAUGGGACUCUUGGUAUUUGUGCGCAAUCUGCUGCUAGCCCUCUGCCUUUUUCUGGUACUGGGAUUUUUGUAUUAUUCUGCGUGGAAGCUCCAUUUACUCCAGUGGGAGGACUCCAGUAAGUAUGGUCGCUCCAGCCUGCCCCCAGGAAAAGCCCGGCCCAGAGUGGUAACUGAUUCAGUGGUUCUUUCCUUUGACUCCGCUGGACAAACACUAGGCUCAGAGUAUGAUCGGUUGGGUUUCCUCCUGAAGCUGGACUCUAAACUGCCUGCUGAGUUAGCCACCAAGUACGCAAACUUUUCAGAGGGAGCUUGCAAGCCUGGCUAUGCUUCAGCCCUGAUGACUGCCAUCUUUCCCCGGUUCUCCAAGCCAGCACCCAUGUUCCUGGAUGACUCUUUCCGCAAGUGGGCUAGGAUUCGGGAAUUUGUGCCGCCUUUUGGGAUCAAAGGUCAAGACAAUCUGAUCAAAGCCAUCUUGUCAGUCACCAAAGAGUACCGCCUGACCCCUGCCUUGGACAGCCUCAACUGCCGCCGCUGCAUCAUCGUGGGCAACGGAGGUGUCCUUGCCAACAAGUCUCUGGGGUCACGAAUUGAUGACUAUGACAUUGUGGUCAGACUGAACUCAGCACCAGUGAAAGGCUUUGAGAAGGACGUGGGCAGCAAAACUACACUGCGCAUCACCUACCCUGAGGGCGCCAUGCAGCGGCCCGAGCAAUAUGAACGCGAUUCUCUAUUUGUCCUCGCUGGCUUCAAGUGGCAGGACUUCAAGUGGUUGAAGUACAUCGUCUACAAGGAGAGAGUGAGUGCAUCAGAUGGCUUCUGGAAAUCUGUGGCCACGCGGGUGCCCAAGGAGCCCCCUGAGAUUCGCAUCCUCAACCCAUACUUCAUCCAGGAGGCCGCCUUCACCCUCAUCGGACUGCCCUUCAACAAUGGCCUCAUGGGCCGCGGGAACAUCCCAACCCUUGGCAGUGUGGCGGUGACCAUGGCACUACACGGCUGUGACGAGGUGGCAGUCGCAGGCUUUGGCUACGACAUGAGCACGCCCAAUGCACCCCUGCACUACUAUGAGACCGUGCGCAUGGCAGCCAUCAAAGAGUCCUGGACACACAAUAUCCAGCGGGAGAAAGAGUUUCUGCGGAAGCUGGUGAAAGCACGAGUCAUCACUGACCUAACCAGCGGCAUCUGAGGUGGGCCCAGCAUGCGGCCACGGAGGUCCUGGCACCGCCAAGAGGAAGCAGCAAGCACCGCCACCUGCCCACUCCAUUGGCCUCAGUCUGGCUCCGCCUGAAAGGUGCAGGAGUCUUCAGACCCAGAGAAGGACAGUGCCAAGUGGCCGCAGGGGUGGCGAGGCCUUGGCAGGGCAGCCAGAGCUGUGUCUACCCAGAGGCCAGCCUCAGAGACCAGCACUUAGCCUCGUUCUCAGCCUGGGGCCUUGAAGCCAGAGGGCCGGGAGGCCGCCGGCCGUGCCCAGCAGGCCCAGCAUGCAGGAGGUGGACAUCAGGCUGCAAGGCUGCUGCUGGAAUCAUUUCUCCAAUCAGUGUUUGGUGUAUUAUCAUUUUGUGAAUUUGGGUAGGGGGGAGGGAAGGGAUAAUUUAUUUUUAAAUAAGGUUGGAGAUGUCAAGUUUGGUCCACUUGCCAUGCAGAAGGAGGCCCACUAGGGGGCCCAUCGGGCUCCCUGUAGAGUGGGGGUGCCGUGACUAGCCUGUGCCCUGCUUGGGGCUAGAGGGAGGUGGGCAGGAUCUCAUGCCAACCCCCUCCAGCUCAUGACACUGUUUGGCCUUUCUUGAGGAGAAGAUGGGAUAUUCCCAUGCACCAGCCCCUAACGACGCCACAGGGAAACCCUGGAGCCAUCGUUGAAGCCGACAAG